AUGGCCACGAGUUCUCGAGAUCUGUUGCUUUGGGGAGCUGGAAUUGGAGCUACUGCCUUCGUUGGGUACGCUUUAUAUUUUGAUUAUCGUCGUACACAUGCUCCUGACUACAAAGACAGCAUUCGACAGAGUAAGCUCUUUGUUUUCAGUUUUGAAUUUUUAGGGAAUAAAAAUAAAUUGUCUAAAACAAUAUCAGGUGUAAUAAUGAUGCUAAAUGCGCUCUUUUGCAGAAAGAAAGGCCGCAGCUUCCAGACAACGCGAUGAACCCUUCAACUUGCCAAAUAUGGGUGAUGCCGCUGCCGUUCAAAACUUCUUCCUUCAAGAGAUCCAAAUCGGAGAAGAAUUGAUUGCUCAAGGUCUAGAAGACGAAGGAAUCAAGCAUUUGUGUAAUGCGGUCGUGCUUUGUGGUCAACCCGACCAUCUUAUCAACAUAUUCAGACAGACGAUGGCCGAGCACUUUGACAGAAUUGUUGCCGAACUUCCACAUGCUCAAGCUGUAAGUUUACUCUUUUUUUUGUUAUUUUGGAUGUUUAGAUGGCCAAUAUGUGUUAAAAUUGAUUACCUAUGGGCUGGUGGCUCUUUUUUUUGAUAGUUUGACGGCAGAAACGAUAGGAGUUUCUAUUGAAAUUUUUGAUAUUGCACUAGACAUUACCCAAUUUAAUGUUUUCAGCGAGUUCAAGCCGCCGUUAUCGCUCAGCGUGGUGGAAUCCGUGCCGAAAGCGAAGAGAGAGGGGCAAUUGUUGAUGCGGACGAUCUGGAGUGA